UCCGCAGAUGCCCUUUUUGUUCCCGGCGACCACUAAAUCCCGGCGCCAAGGAUCUCGGGCCUAUCACACGGGAAGCCCGUGGCUGACAAGAGAAGGCUGCUCUGAUUCAAUCCUCGACCUCUUCACCAAGGAACUACUCGGUGAACCGACCGACUAUACAAUGGGACACAAAAACCUACGACUAAGCCAGCCAGAGAAAACCAGGACAUCGGGCAAAUGCUCGCCUCAGUGCCGU